AAUACUACUCUCGCUGUCGUAUAGGGGGGAGGAGGCGAGGAAGCGAAGCAAUCAAGCUCCCUGGCUAUGGCGGUUAAGUGAGGAAGGAGGAGGGAGAGAGCCCUAAUCCUACAUUCUGGGGAGAGGCCGAGGAUGAGAAUCCGGACGUGAAGAUCUGGCGACGGCGUCGGGAUCGCUGCGGCAGCAAUGGCGAGGCACGCGAAGGCGGCGACGCGGCGGCCAGGGACGGGGCUUUCGAUCAUGCUCGCCGUGGCUAUGGUCGUGCUCUUCUUCGUCGCCAGCAUUGCCGUGUCCUUCGUCUUCGCCGUGCUCCUCGCCGACGACCAGCAGCAGCACGCCAUCGGGAUCAACUAUGGCCGAGUGGCGGACAAUCUCCCCCCGCCCGCCCGCGUCGUGGAGCUCCUCCAGUCGCUCAAGAUCCGCAGCGUCAAGAUCUACGACGCCAAUCCCGACGUCCUCAAGGCGCUCCAGAGCACGAAUCUCCGCGUGGCGAUCAUGGUGACCAACCAGGAGAUCGAGCAGAUGGCCGCCUCUUCCAACUUCUCGGAUCAAUGGGUCCAGCAGAACGUCGCAGCGUACCCCGCCACCAAGAUCGAGACCGCCAUCGUUGGCAACGAGAUUCUCUCCGACCUCUCCCUCAGGCAAACGGUGUGGAGCAAGCUCGUCCCGGCUAUGGAGAAUUUGCAUUCCUCUCUCCAGCGGCUAGGCCACGGCAAGAUCAAAGUCACCACGUCCCUCGCCAUCGACUGCUUGAAGGUCUCGUUCCCUCCAUCCGAUGGAGUGUUUCGAGACGACAUCUCCGACGCCAUCAUCCAGCCCAUGCUCAAGUUCUUGGAGACGACGCAGAGCCCGUUCUUCAUCAACGUCUACCCAUACUUUGCAUGGCUCGACGACCAGCAGACCAUCUCGCUCGACUACGCGCUCUUUCGAGGGCCGUCUUCGAAUGCUUCGCAGGCCGAGGAUCCCUCCGGCAUGCACUACGACAACCUCCUGGACGCGCAGCUGGACGCGCUGGUUGUCGCAAUGACCAAGCUCGGCUAUGGUGGCGUCCAGGUUUCUAUAAGUGAGACCGGGUGGCCGAGCAGAGGCUCCGUCGGGGCCUCGCUUGCCAAUGCAGCCGAUUACAACAGGAGGCUGGUUCUACGAAUUCUCGGGAAGAACAGGAAGAACAAGAACCACGGCACUCCUAGACGACCCGGAAGGCUCAUCGACACUUACAUCUUUGCUCUGUUCAACGAGGAUCAAAAGCCGGGUGCCGCGACAGAGCGAAACUGGGGGCUGUUGUAUCCAAACGGUAGCAAAGUCUACGACAUCGAUCUAACCGGGAAGACUCCCGUGGAUAAGUAUCCGGCUCUGUCAGCAGCAGCAGCAGCACCUUCAUCCCCGGCGGCUACGUCGUCGUCGUCCUACUUUUCAUCUCCAAAGGCAAACGCCUCCCAGGUGCCAGCGCUCCCCCAAGCAGCGAUUCCGGGGAACUUUUCCACUGGAAACUCGUCCAGGCAGGGGCAGUGGUGCGUCGCAAAGGCCGACUACGUGAGCACCGCCGACGUCCAAGACGCGAUCGACUACGCGUGCGGAGGGGGAAAGGCCGACUGCGCGGCAAUCCAGCCCGGACAGGCCUGCUAUCUUCCCAACCUCGUCAGGCUCCACGCCUCGUACGCUUUCAACUCCUACUGGCAAAAGAUGAAGAGGUCCGGCGGGACGUGCGCCUUCAACGGAUUUGCCAAGCUGACCAGCGUGGAUCCAAGCUAUGGAUCUUGCGUGUACCCCGUGCUAUGAUUAAAUUUUGGAGAGUCCACAACUAACGAGACCACACUAGAGGUACUUUAGCAGCCACCGACGCAAAGCGCUUUGACGACGAUAUUGCGGGAGGUAAGUGGAAGGCGGAAGCUCUUUUCUCUCUUUUUUUCUCUCUCGGCUUUUUCGAUUGCCUUGUUUCGCGUCUCCACUGACAGUGAACAGCGCAGUGGCAUCUAAAAAUUAUCGAUACUCUUUUCUCGCU